UGGUGUAGAGACAAGAUACGAAGCCACACCUCGUAUGGGAAAUACGGAGAUUCCACCUGAUGACGGUUAUACGUGGAGAAAGUAUGGACAGAAGGAAAUUCUUGGGUCAAAGUUUCCCAGGAGCUACUACAGGUGUACCCACAAGAGCUUCUACGGGUGCAAUGCAAAGAAGCAAGUGCAACGACUGGACGACGACCCCAAUACGUUCCAAGUCACGUACUACGGCGUGCAUACGUGUCACAUGUCAUCCACAGCACCAUCAUCAGGUUCAGGGGGGCCACCCUCGAUCACUACUACUAGACCACCAUCCACUUCCACUUCCGAGGUGCUUCAAAUUCAAUCAUCAUCAACACAACCACCCACUAAUUAUUCCUCCUCCUCCUCCUCAAUCCCCAUUCCUCUAAGUAGAUGGAUUUUUAUGGGGUUUGAGGCAACCCCAAUCCCAAGCAGAAGAAAUACAACCAUGGCCAUUGGUGAUGGUGGUGGUGGCGGUGGCGCAGCCACCCGAGACGGCAAAGAAACGGUGGAAUGCCCGGUAAUGGAUCUUGCCGAUGCCAUGUUUAAUUCUGGGAGCAGUACUAGCAAUAAUAGCAUGGAUUCCAUCUUCCCUUCCAUGCAUGAGUGA